UGAACUCUAUUGUCAAGCUCCCGGUACGAGCCAGAGAACUAUAGGUUUCCGCAGAAUUAAACUUGUGAGUACAAGUUUAAUAAUAAAUUAUGGCGGAUUGUAUUACUGCUUUACUGUGUGUGCCUGGACUUCCGGAUUAGAGGAAGCAAGCGUAUGUGGGUGUGUCACGUCAACUGAAGUUUCAAGCUAACUCAUUCCUUAAUUUGUUGAUUUUAGUGUUUGUAAACGCAAGAUGGUGUGCUUGAUAGGGUUGAUGGUGCCAUGUCAUUCGGGAUUAGCCUUAUAUAGGUAGAUUUCCAUGUAGACACAAUUCCCCAAACCACGUUGAAACCAUUCCCAUUGUUACUACCGAGAUCAGAUACCAAUCUUUCUGUGUGGAUCAAAAACUUUCCUGGAAUAUUUCUACAUCUUAUCUCGUGUCCACGUAAUGGCUCCCUCAUUAGAAGUCGGGUUUGAACAAGCUCCAACUCAAGUCGGCCUACCGGCGUCCCUCCCAUUCAAAGCUUUAUCUAGCCCCACAAAAUCCACACUGUCCUAUACUCCAGGGCGCACUAUAGUCGAGAAGCACGACACCUACGAACAUGAAGAUCUCCGACCUUCCUUUCCCGAUAAAAAAUGGCCAGCACUAGAAGAGCUUCCAUAUUCAGACAAAGGACUUCUGGGUUCUGACACAUUCAAGGAUUUACUGGCUACUGCAACUGAAGUAUUUGACUACGUCCCCAAAAUUGGAACGGAAGUGCAUGGCGUUGAUCUAGCCAAUCUAACGGAUGCUGCCAAAAAUGAUCUUGCUCGACUCAUUUCAAUUCGUGGCGUCGUUUUUUUUCGCAACCAAAAGAACUUUGGCAUUGAAGCACAACGCAAGUUAGGUUCUUAUUUCGGGACACUGCAUAAACAUGCUACAACUUCCGUCCCAAAACGUGGUGAUUUAGAUGAUGUACAUGUGGUAUACACGGACGAGAAUUCAAAAGAUCAGAGAGCACUCUUUACACCUACUUUCCUCUGGCAUUCAGACGUAACAUACGAGAUCCAACCACCAUCAUAUACCUCGCUCAAGGUACUUACAGGCCCUCCUCGUGGUGGCGGCGGUGAUACUUUGUGGUCUUCUCAAUACGCGGCUUAUGAUGCGCUUUCUGCACCUAUGCAAAAAUAUCUUGAAUCCCUCACCGCACUCCACACAUCCCAUCUACAAGCCGAAGGAUCACGAGCUUUAGGGAGACCAGUGAGGAGAGAUCCAAUCAUCACAGAACAUCCGCUCAUCCGAUCACAUCCCGUCACAGGCUGGAAAUCACUAUUCUUCAACCCGGGAUUCGUUACCAAAAUCGUUGGUGUCCCAAAAGUUGAAAGUGAUACUAUCCUUGCAUACCUGAAUGAGGUUGUUUCGACAACUCAAGAACUGCACGUGAGGUUCCAAUGGGGAAGGGAUGAUGUGGCGUUUUGGGAUAACAGGAUCUCAAAUCAUACUGCUUCGUAUGGAUUUGCACCGCAUCGGAGACAUGCUGUGAGGGUGUGCUGUCAUGGGGAGAAGCCAGUUUUGGAGGAAAGCGCGAGGAGUCAGGAAGAGGAAUUGGGUGAGAAGUAUGGAUUACCUGUUGUUAAUAAAGAUGGAAGUGGACAAAGCAACUAUAAUGAUUGAGAUGAAGUCUGGACUUGUAAACAGCUAGUUAUAUUGGACAUGGAGUUCAGGAAAUGGGAAUCGGGGCAGGGAGUUUAACUUUGCUACAUUCUUGGGAAUAAGGUCAUGGUACCUUGGUAGAUAUAUUUAUUAUUGUUUUGGCAUUGGAGGAGUUCUUUGAAGGCGAAUUAAAUCCUGAACGAAU